GGACAAGGACGGGAUAGUGAGGAAGAUGAAGGAGAUGUUUUCACACCUGGACCCCGAAGUUCUUUACAUUGUGCUGGCCGAGUGUGACUUCAAAGUUGAGAAUGCGAUGGAUUCUCUUCUGGAGCUGUCUGUAGCAGCUGAGGGCAUCAGCCCCCUUCCUCCCCUCCUCUCUGGGUUCGAGCUUGCCGCAGCUCUCCUCAGCCCCCAACACAACCCCUCCAAACCAGACCCUCACCCCCCUACAGGGGCGACCGCUGUCCCCCUCUCCCCUCCCCGCCCGCCCCCUCCUCUCCGGAGCGAAGAUGACCGGGACCUGACCACUGACUUGACCGAAGAGUUUGAUGUUCUGAUCGACCGUGAGCUGGAGAAUCUAACCAUACAGCAGGAGGCCGGAGAGAGGGACCACGGUGGUCUUCACUCCUCCUCCUCUCCUCCCUCCGUCCCCCUCCCUUCCCUGUCCUCCCUCCUUCAGCCCCCGCUGCUCCAGGCCAGCCCAAGAGCCUCAGCCUCCAGGAGGGGGCCCCCAGGGGACCAGCCAUGCCCAGACAGGGUGCUCUCAGCUGGGCAGGCUAGCGGAGCUCACUCCCCUGUCUCUGGCCUGAGCCUUAGCUUCUCUGGAGGAGCAGUGGGUGACCAGCGGCAGAGACCACUACUGGACUUCAGCCAUCUGACCUCAGCGCCAACCGAGACGGACAGAACUAAACCCAGCCUGCCUUUGGACCUGGGGGCCGCCGAUCGCCCCUCUGCAUUCCAGGCAUACAGGAAACUGGACCAGUCCACUGUUCCUCCAGAGGGCGGGCGGGCCGUACCACCGGGCGGCAGAGUAGGGGGGGCGAGGACGAAGACAAGCGUCUCAGGAGGAGGAGAGGAAGAGCGACUCAACAACUCGCCGUUCUGGAAUGCUCGGGCGUCGGAGUUCCAACCGCGUAUCCACGGAAACCAGGCAGGGGGGGGGCCGACCUUCAUCGUCCCUGUGGCGCUAAGCCCCUCCCCCUGGCACACCCAAGCCGCGCCCGCCUCCCACUGGUCGGCCCAGGGCCCUGUCAGACGAGCCCCUGUAAAAGCGGGCGCUACCAUCCCCGGGUCCUGGACAGGGGGUGUGUCUGCGGCUGCUGCUCCCAGAGCACCCCUCCUCUCUGGCCAACAUGGUAGACUCCGGCUGGAGGGGCGUGUCCUAGUGCUGCUACGGGGAGCUCCGGGGUCGGGCAAGUCCACCCUGGCCCGGGCUAUGCUGGAACAGAACCCAUAUGGGGUGGUGCUGAGCACGGAUGAUUAUUUCUGUCGCCAUGGGGACUAUCGCUACGAGCCCUCAGCUUUAGGGGAGGCCCACGAAUGGAACCACGCUAGAGCCAAGGGAAGCGAUGGUGGCCUCUUCCUCUCCUGUCAUUAUUGACAACACCAACAUGCAGGGCUGGGAGAUGAAACCCUACGUAGCUAUGGCUCUGAGGCAGAACUACAAGGUUUUGUUCCGGGAGCCUUAUACCUGGUGGAGGAACAAACCCAGGGAACUGGAGAGGUACCAA